AUAUCCUCACUCCUGCCACCACUGGGCUGCCAUGGACAUGUCCGGUUUGUUGAUGACCAGUGGGGCAGCGGUGCUGGUGACCCAUUGCGCUGUCUUCAGUUCCGAAGUGAGUGACAUUCUGCAACGUGUGGGCCAUGCAGUGUGGUACGGGUUCAGUCCUUCGAAUGAACAGAUGGAAGCUGCUGUUUGGGAUGCUCGCAUCAAGCAGUAUCGCUCAUCCUCGAGAGCCUGCAUGCACAUUGCGGCCAUUUGCACUUGUGGUCAGAUGAUACACCUCCAGUGGAACCACAACGCGCACUCGACCUGGCCGUUUCUGAUUUCAAUGUCUGCGUGGCUGAUGCAUUUGCUGAUCAGUUCCAACAUCCUGCCGUUAGGCCGUGCCAGGUGUAGGCUGUUCGUUGUUGUAAUGUAUUUGAUGGUGGGCAUUUGGAUCGCCGGCUAUCCGUCAGACUGCCAAAAUGCAUUAAUCCUCACCAGCGUGAGCCUCUGUGUUCGCUUUGCAGUCGCCACUUUUUUCGUGGACUUCCAGGUUGGUGUUCCCGCUCAAUCCUUAUUAAGCCUACUGGAGACAUGGAAUGCCUGGAAGCUCGAUCCAAGCUCGAUACACAUCAUCUUCAUCAAUCAGCUGACCGUUUCGGCCUUCAUUUUGGUCUUGGCCGGGCUGAUGGAAUUCAACAACCGGAGCCGGAUCGCGCUGCUGACGAACUCCGAGUCCAUGGUCCACAGCUUUCGGAGGGUGCUACGUGGGGUGUGUGAUGGUGAAGUCCUGCUGGAUAGCAAGUUGCGAAUUUCCGGCGAAGCAGGCUGCCUGCAGACUUUGCUGAUGGUCUCAGACUCUGACUUCUGCAACAAGAACUUCGAGGAGUUGCUGAUGGAGGAUGAGCGCGAGCGUUUUCGGAGCUUCAUGUCCGAAGGCAAGGGGGCCACUGCAUCAUCUGGCAUCACUGCGCCUCCAUGCUUGCGAGUGUCGUUGAAGCUCGGAUGCAACCUCGGCAAAACUCAACCUCCAAUGGUCAUGGCAAUGGAAACGCGCGAUCUGCCUCAGAUCGAACUCGUGCCCACGCGUGGGGGUGGACCUCUUCCACGUGCCGCUGAUGUUGGGUGAGGAAACCUAUCAUCUCAUCGUGCUCAGAGAGGACAGCGACUCGAGAUCCCAACUGGAAGUCCUUGCUGAUGAACAUGGAGGUGUGCAGAGUCCCAAACGUGAGAGCGUUGCAAGGAAUACCGCGAGGAUUGGGCAGAGGUUGGGACAAAAUCCACGACCACUGGCCAUGUUUCAUGGUCAACCAGCCAAUUUGGCGGGCGAAUGAUUAACUUUGAGCCAUACCCAUCUUCGGAUAAACUCUUCAUGGAUCAUGGGCGUCUGUUGUAUGCUUUGUUUCUCCCCCAUCAAUGUUCCUUGAAAACUCGACGGUUCUCCUCUGGUCAGGCUAUUAUUUUUUUUCCGGCGCAGGAGUUUAUCUGGUUCCGAUGCUUCAGUCUCACAGGUGUCUUCAAGCUCCCUUCUCCAAAUCUGCCGGGAGCUGGAGGAGAUGACCUUGCUGGCGCGACACCCAACACAAAACGCCAUGAAGCUGACACACGGGUGUCAAAACCCGCAAGGGUAACGCGAUUUAGCAGGAACACAUGAGAUAGAUAGUAC